AACAUUUUUGACAUUUGCAGUUGUUUAGCAAAUUUAACAUAGGUUAUUCUAAGAUUAUUGAUUUACUAAGAAUUUAUCAAACACCAGAAUAACUUUGUCGUGUCAUUAUAUUUUUUGUGAAUAUUUUGGUUUUUCCGUUGCAGUUUCCGUCACUUGUUUUCUAGAUCGUGGUCUCGUAUGUCAAAGAAACGUCAUUUCCCUGCUGGCUGCUCCCCACUCAAACCCAAUUUUCGUGUUGUUCAACGAUUCAGUAUGGCGAACGUUUAUCAGGAAGCACCGAAAAUGUGCUGAAAAGUAGUUAUUUGAUUAUAUUUUCCUUUAUUUAGGUGUUAAUAAGUGAUUUAGUGAGCAAUGACUUCUUUACAAUACGUAGUGCAUCCCUUACCGGGCAGCGAGGAACAGUUUAACGACAGGUUAAGAGAAGUAGCAGAUAGAAUCAACCGAUUAGGACAAAAUACCCACCCUGGACUAUCUAGCUUGAGAACUGGAAUCAAACGCAUUUGCCUAUCCUCAAAUUACAUAGCAUUAUUACUUGAGGAUGAAGAGUAUGCAGAGUUUCCUACAAUGUUCUGUCUGACAGACUGGAUUUGAGUAAAAAUGAGAAAAAAUCAUGGACAUUACGCAGUUCAGGAGGCAGUGGGGGCGGCGGAUCCGGUGGCGGUGGAGGCGGCGGGGGAGGCGGAAAACCGGCAGGGGGCGGCCGCCAGAUUCGCACCAGAGCCAGAAUCAUGCGCUCCAACACAGCCAUUAGAGGUGGGAGCAAUAGUGGCAGUCGUGGUGCCCCCGUGAUCAUAGGAACAAGCACAUCGAGUAGUGGACGACCGAUGGUAACAGUUCCAGCUCCAUAUGUCCCUGAAGAACUGGUUUCACAAGCACAGGUGGUGCUUCAAGGCAAAAGCAGAAACUUGAUAAUUAGGGAAUUGCAGAGAACCAACUUAGAUGUGAACCUGGCAGUGAACAAUCUUCUAUCCCGAGAUGACGAAGAAGGCGAGGAAGGAGACGAUGCAGCCGAUUCUUACGUUCCUGAAGAUCUAAUCUCGCUUUUAGAUGGUGGCUUUCACACAGACCAUUCAGUCAUCAUUGAUGCUGACGCUAUGUUUUCAGAAGAUAUGUUUGGAUAUUCUGGAAUGAGAGGACGCAGCAGUCAAAGUGGUAGUGGCCCCAGUGGCAGCGGACGUCGUAGCAUGGCUGAUAGAGAUGCACCCAUUACUAGUUCCGAUAGAGAAAGGGAAAAUUUCUCAAGAUGGAGAGACAGACAAUACUUAGGACCCAGAAGAUGGUUGGAGACGGCUCUUAGAGACCCAUACGAGAAAGAUUCAGAUCAUAAGAAGAAAGACAGCGCUUGUCCACUGUGGAUUUCGGAUGAUUUGGAAUUUUGGCCAGAGCCAGCGCCUAAGUUCAUACAAAUAGCAACUUUGUACAGUGAAUUGAUCGCCCUUUCUUCAACUGGUCAACUGUAUCAGUGGAAAUGGAGUGAACAUGAACCUUACAAACAUCCUGAGAACCCCAAUGUCCAUCAUCCAAAAACAAUCCCACUGGGUUUAGCAAACGAGAAGAUUACCCAACUUUCAGCAUGUUGUACACGCUGCUCUGUUGCAUCAGAAACCGGGAAAGUGGCAACGUUUAUAGAUGAGGGUCUGACUAUGGUUGCUGGGAAAUUAGAACAACCCGCGCAGGCAUAUACUGAGUUCCAGACGGACAAGAUCGUUCAGUUGUACACUUGUCCCUUGUACACUGUUGCCAGAUUGGACAGUGGAAGUCUAUAUUGGUGGGGUGUCCUACCAUUCACCCAACGCAAACGCCUAUGGGAGAAGUACCGCGCCAAAUGCCGCAAACAACGCCCAAGCACGAACGCUUCCCAAUCUGAGAUCGUCACUGGGUCCCAAGUGUGCAUGAAGAACAGCCCCAUGUACCAGACGGGCGCCAUUGGGAUCACAAUCGUGGGUAGCGUACCCAAAGUGGGCCAGCUGAUGAACGCAGCAUGGACGCUGAGUGACACCUGCACGUUCAAGGUGCUGAAUGUGAACGGUGGAAGUAGUACUAAUGGGGCAACUGGGGGCGAGAAGGCGGAGAAAAAGACAGAAAAUUUGACAGCAAAUCUAAGUACCAAAAACUCGUCAAAAGAAAAUACUGACAGACUUGAUAUGCCACCACCACCAUCUCCUGCAUCUAGUACAUGCAGUGAUACAGGCAGCAUCACCAAUAGUCACAAACGUCAAAAACGUCUGACCGCGUCGUUGUCAGCUAACGACGCAUCAUCUUCCUCACUGGACCAGCGUAAAGACGAAGAAGAAUGGUUGUUGAGGGACGUGGUGUUUGUGGAGGACGCCAAAGGCGCUCCAGUCGGCAGGGUACUCAAAGUAGAUGGCGCUUAUGCGGCAGUCAAGUUCCCCUCCACAUCGCAGAACAGAGAUCGAGAAGGCAAGGAAGAUGACAUUUGCGUCCUGCUAGAUUGUAGGUUGAUGAGAAAGGAUGACCUACAGGUGAUAAAAUCCUCUUCAACGUCUCGCACACCAGACUGUUUCCAACGCACACCGCGCCGCGUCCAGAUCCCGGAAGUAGCCUCGCCAUCAUCCGGCGGCAACGGCCAUUACGGCGGCUCGGCCAAGAUCCUGACGUUGGCCGUGGACACCAGAGGCGUGCACACAAUUGUGCGCAACGGGGACAAGCUUAACUAUGUGCUGUACAAUGUGAGCAGCGGUAGAGUGGAGAGAGACAAUCAGCUUCCGGGCAAUUUCAUGGCGUUCAUGGGCGCUGGGGCUGGGAAUGUCGAACUGACGUGUGCAGGGGAGAGCUCUGAAUCAGUGUUGAUUCUCCGUGACGGCAACAACACUAUCUACCCAUUGGCCAGAGACUGUGCCGACGCCAUUCGUGACCCGCAACCCUUGGACUUGCCGCCUGUCAAGUGCAUUGCCACCGGGUCUAUAGCACUGCUUGGCGCAACCGGACCUAAUAUCAAGAAUCAAGCUGCUGUUGUAGUGUUCGCAUUGGAACAGCAGUUGCUGAUGCCUAGGAUACUCAGGUGUGACGUUGAAGGUGUCAGGCAAAUGCUGGCGCAACUUGAUAGCGACAUAAAAACACAUAACUUGGCAGCAUUGUCAUUUUUAACUGAGAGGUGUGACGGCAAUAGAAACGUUUUCCAUGCUGUAGUCAACAUGUGUACGCCUACAUCAAACAAAGAUUCUGAUAGUGAAACCCAACAAUCAUUCAGCCAAGACGACCCGAUGCCUACAGGCAACUGGCCGCCAGAAUUCGAGGUAGCAUCUGGCGAUGAAGACAGCCUGAUGAGCCUAAACAAGGGGAGUGGUGGAGCUGUUGGGGGUGCGAACGCAGGAACUAACUGCGGCGGAAAUGGUACCACUGCGGGGGUUGGUCCUCCCCCGUUGGAUCCGGCUGAAAGAAGAGCGAAUGCACUGCAGAUCCUCCGAACGUUGCUGUAUGAUUCCGCUGCGGUCGAGGCGCAUCUUGUUGAACUGCUGUGUGCUAAGGAUGCCCAAGGCCAAACACCAUUUAUGUUGGCAGUAUCAUCUCGUAGCUACCCAGCUGCGCUAGAAUUGUUUGAAAGAAUCAUGAAGUAGGAACACCAGAAGACAGGAACGAAAUGAUCUUCCCUAAAGGAUCCAACCCAGAUCACUCCCCACUACAUGUUAUUUGCUGCAAUGAUACUUGCAGUUUCACGUGGACUGGAGCAGAACACAUUAACCAGGAUAUCUUCGAGUGCCGCACAUGCGGGCUGACGGGAACCCUAUGUUGCUGUACAGAAUGUGCCAGGGUGUGUCACAAAGGGCACGAUUGCAAGCUGAAACGCACCAGCCCUACAGCGUACUGCGACUGUUGGGAAAAGUGCAAAUGCAAAGCGUUGAUAAUGGGCAGUCAACAUGUUAGAUAUGCUCUGUUGACCAGGCUUAUCAAGGAGACUGAUCUUGUCACGUUACCCAACUCUAGGGGUGAGAGUAUACUUUUGUUUUUGGUUCAGACUGUUGGCCGGCAGAAUCAGGAACAGAGGCAAUUUAGGAAUUCCAGACCCAGAACAGCAUCGUCUAAUUCAAGAAAUAAGACACCAUCAUCAGAUAUCGAAUCUGACAUGCCCGAUCACGACUUGGAACCGCCUCGCUUCAGCCGUCGCGCUCUAGAGUGUCUGCUAGGCGACUGGAAGGCCGUGAAAAGUACCAUCAUGUCCGGGGUACCAACGGAAUCUACAACCGAUUCAGCAGAACCGGAUGACGGAGAUAGACCAUACGUGGUCGGACAGACGGGCACGACACUGUUGGAUAAGUUCACGCACUGUUUGUUUGUCAAAUGCCAAACCGCCACGGAUGCUCUGCUGGAAACAAUUGUUGCGGAGAUGAAGAGUAAAGAGCUGGAGAGGAGAGAAAUGGCGGCUGUGGUUGCAAGAAGAUUUGUCAGGUCUGUGGUGAGGAUCUUCGUCAUAUUCAGCAUAGAGAUGGUACCGAAUUGCCUCAAAAGACAACGGUUCACGAACCAAAAUUUGUUACUCACGAAGUGUAAGAGGGUAUUCCAGUCUCUGUCGAAAAUAUCCAUCGAAGAGCUUUGCGAAACUGCUGAUUCGCUUAUUGCUCCUGUGAGACUGGGCGUGGCCAGACCGACAGCUCCGUUUCCAUUGGCCACCUCACCAAAUGAAAUCCUAAACGGGUCAGAAGAACUGUUCCUGGUAGAUCCAUUGGCGCCUUCAUCUGCUGCCGGAAGCAGAUCUAUCCCAGACCCGCCAUCCUCUCAAUUCCCUUUCUUGGCGGAAGCAGUAAGAAGAGCUGUUCGAGCUAGAGAUCUCUUGAAUGAAAUUAAUGACGGAGAAAGUAUGGCGAUCGAUCAAGACGACGACGCGGCCAGCGAUCACGAAGGCGACCCAUCGAACGGAACCGGCGUCGGAGGUGACGCUCCUCUCCCCGCCUCCUCGGGUACCGGGUCAGUCGGGGGCGGCGAUCCAUCAUCCCGUCGCGACUCUCCGACAGCCCCAGCUACCGAAUCGGAGGAAGCGCGUGACGCGGGGGCGGGCGGCGAUGCUGCCGACAGCGAUCCCGAGUUGGAUUUGUUGGCCGAGACAGAGUCUGACAGCGAUGAUAAUCACAGCAAUCAGGACGCGCAGUCGGCACAGAGGUCCGUACAGACUGGGGCGACAGCGGGGAGUGAUACUGGUGGUAUGCUGCUCUUCCCUGAAGAUGAGAGCGGCGAUUCUAGCCAACAGGAAGAAGAAGAAAGUGAAGCUGGCGAGACGGACGAACAGGACACCGAGGAUUAUACCCUUACAGAAGACCAACUGGAGAGAAGAAGUGCCGGGGGCCAUGGAGGAAGUUCCAAUGCAGCAGGUAGCAGUCACCGUUCAAAUUUGGCUCCCCAAAACAUGCAGUGGGCCAUUAGGUCAGCCAGGGAAGCUGCCAAUGGAAGCGGUAGUGGAAGACCUGGUCAAGGCGUACGUUUGCCCAAUGGAUCCAAUCUUGUCUUCAUUGAUCCAAGUUCAUUGAGAAGAUCGACGACUACAGCAGGAGGUAGCAGUGGAGCAGCUGCGGCAGCUGCUGUAGCAGCUGGUCAAGAACCCAUAACAAUGGCGACUACCGCGAGUUGUCUUGCCAGAGCAUUUGGAAUUGUGAUAAGGGAAAUUGCCGACUUGCUUGCUUUGAUGCCAGAUAUAAACCAAAUAACGUCUUCAAAUGCAAAUGUAAUGGAAGUGUAUCAAGACGACAUUUAUAAUGUGCAAAUUUAUUUGGAGUUCCGCCUGAAAUCGACUUGGGACUGGCUGUUAACUGUGAUGGACGCUACCGAAGCUCAACUGAAGUUUGGUGCUUCGUUGACGAACUCUUUAGAUCCCAGUGUUGGAACACAACAAUACACUGCAUCUACAAGCGGCACAAGUACUUCAAGGCAAAGUAACAGACUACCCGUGUCUAACACAACCAGCUCGUUUGGAAAUAGAAUUGUUGGUUUUUCGACGAAUGUUGAAGGAGGAAGAUCUAGAGCUGAAAGAGAAAGCGACUCCCAGCACGCAGCCCGUCGUGAAUUCCUCUCCUACUGCCUAUCCCUGAUGCGCGCCCACAACAGCGAACACCUCGACUCGCUCCCCGUCCUCGACGUCUCCGCCUUAAAGCACGUCGCUUACGUGUUCGACGCGCUGAUCUACUUCAUGCGCUCGGGCAACGCGGACAGCGUCGGUGUGGGCGGGGCCAGUGCAAUCGGGGGCGGAGUGAGAGUAGCGGCCGAUGGACGGCACGACGGCGUGCUUCUGCCCGCCUCCUGGGCCGAUCAGGACGAAAACGAGAACGAAGAGGCCGAGGAGGAUAUCCCAGUGGCGAUGGACACAGAGUCGCUAGACGAUCAGGAUGUGUCUAAUUUGGCGGCGAAUAUCAGCAGUAAUUUGAGUACUUCGUUGGCCAGUAAUAGCGGGAAGGGGAGGAAGCACACCUUCUUCCAGAGAUCAGAGUCAACCCUUUGUCUUGGAUGCCCACCCCCGGAUCCCUUUGAUACGCCUAUGGCUGAAGCGUUGCCAUUGGCUGAUCAGCCUCAUCUGCUGCAACCUAAUGCUAGGAGGGAGGACCUUUUUGGUAUACCUAAGCAAUCUGUCACCUUGACAUCAUCAGGUGUCAACUCUGGCAAUCCUUUAGAAUCACUGCCAACCAAACUCAGUCUGUCCACCCGUACCUCCGAUUAUGCCAUGAGCCAGCCUGCCAGGGCGAAUCAGCCUAUAUCUAGGUCACUGAAUGUAAUGGGACCCAAUCCUUUGGUAUACCCACAGACGUAUCGACCUGACGAUUACACAAGAGAAGCACAACAACAAACUGAUGAUGCAAUGAAUGGAGAGACGAGAAGAAAUAGAGCGGAUAGUGAAAGUAACAUGGAAGUUUCAAAUGACAGACCCCAGGAUCUUUCUAAAAGCAGGGAUAAUCAAGAAGAACUAUAUGCCAACAAUGAUAGUCAAACCAUAUCACGUCCACAAAUAAUUGUUUCAGCCAGGAAAUCUGAAAAUGUUUGGGAAAUAGCUAGCCAAAACGAACAGAUGUCCCAGACCUCGUCUCAUGUGUUAGGCACAAAUGACUCGUCACAAGAUAUGAGUAGCCAAAGUACGAGUAUAAGUACUAUUUCUAGUUGUUCUACGCCGUCUACAAGUUCUUCUAGGAGUCCUGCUAAAAGUGUUAUUGUGAGAGCUGGAUCUUCUAAUAGCCAUAAAGCACCGGAAUCCGAGAUUUUAUCCUCGGCGGAGAUUCCACAACCAGAAACUCUCGAAAAUCAAGAGAUCUCUGCCAAUGUAACUGUAAUAACUACUCCAAGUGUACCCCCAGAAAUACAAAGACCUACUGUUGGACAAUCUGUAUCGCAUGAUCUACUUCUGGGAAGGUGGAGACUUUCUCUGGACUUGUUUGGCAGAGUGUUCAUGGAAGACGUAGGUUUAGAGCCUGGAUCGAUCGUUUCUGAGCUUGGUGGGUUUCCUGUUAAAGAAGCUAAGUUUAGGAGAGAUAUGGAAAAGCUGAGAAAUAACCAGCAGAGAGAUUUGACACUAUCAAAGAUUGAGCGAGACCGUACACAGCUGCUAGUCCAGACUUUCAAAGAGCUGAACACCCAGUAUAACAGCUACAAUCGACGCGCCUCCUCAUCGGCAUCGCCUCCGCUUGCAGUCAGUCGGGUGAAGGUGACGUUCAAGGAUGAGCCGGGAGAGGGCAGUGGUGUCGCUCGCAGUUUCUACACGGCGGUCGCGCAGGCCAUACUGUCCAACGAGAGUUUGCCCAAUUUGGAGCCGGCGCAAGUCGACAGCAAAUAUUCGCAGUACAGCGUUCUUCAGAGGCUGCGUCGAGAUCGCGACGUGCUGCGACGCUCCGCUCCGUCGCGCACCGGUUCGAGCAAGUCACGUGACCAGCAGCACCGGCGCACGUUGAGCGUGGACGCGCGGCCGUUUCAGCCGGCGCAAGACGCGCCCGCCAAUGCGCAGGCGCAGCAGCUGCUGUUGCUAGAAGGCGGCAGCGUGGCCGGCGCAGGCAGCGCUCCGUCGAUGCCGGACAUCUCGGCGGCGCCGGGCGGUACCGGUGGCGCGGGAACGGGAGGACUUAACAGCGGGGCACCGGUGCAGAGGAAUGAACAUCUUACGGUGCAACAGCAACAGCUCGGAGAUAGGCUGUAUCCUAGGGUAUACAAUUUGCACCCGACGUUUGCCGGAAGGAUAACGGGAAUGUUAUUGGAAUUAUCACCUGCCCAACUUUUACUGCUAUUGGCCUCGGAGGACUCUCUUAGGGCGAAAGUGGAAGAAGCUGUAGAAAUGAUCCUAGCACAUUCACAUUCUCAGUCAGAGUUGACAUCAGAAGCUUUAUUAGAAUUAGACGUAUUUUCGCUGAACGACCGAGGUGCUAGGAAAUCGGGAAGCGCGCGAUCAGGCGGUGACAAUCCUGAGGAUGCAGCUCAGCUGCAAAACCAAGAAGAAGAUGACAAUGCACCUCUGUUCUACUGUCCCGGAAAGAGAGGUUUCUAUGCGCCUAGGCAAGGCAAAGCGACUUACGAAAGGUUGAAUGCUUUUAGGAACGUUGGAAGGUUAUUAGGUCUAUGUUUGUUGCAAAAUGAACUAUGUCCGAUAUUUCUGACCAGGCAUGUACUAAAGUCCAUCCUAGGCAGGCCAAUCAAAUUCCACGAUCUAGCUUUCUUUGAUCCUGUCGUUUACGAAUCGUUGAGGCAACUAGUCGUGGAUGCAGAAAGUAAAGAUGGCAAUAGCUUGUUUUCGGCCCUUGGUCUAAACUUCACAUUAUUUUGUUCCAGGAUUGAUCUUUGCCCUCAAGAAGGAAGUGGAACGGUUGAGCUGAUGCCUGGUGGUAAAGACAUUGAAGUUACAGCAUCAAACGUUUACGAUUAUGUUAGGAAUAUGCCAAAUACAGAAUGGUGAAAGUACAGGAGAAGGCAAUCGAGAGUAUCCGUACUGGAGUGUUCGACGUCCUUCCCGAAGGUUCCCUGGACGGGCUGACCGCCGAGGACCUACGGCUGCUGUUGAACGGCGUCGGCGACAUAAACGUCGCCGUGCUCAUUUCGUAUACGUCGUUCAAUGACGAAUCGGGCGAGAGCGGCGAACGAUUGGUCAAGUUCAAGCGGUGGCUGUGGUCGAUCGUUGAGAAGAUGACGCAUCUAGAACGACAGGAUUUGGUGUACUUCUGGACGGGCUCCCCAGCGUUGCCAGCGAGCGAGGACGGUUUCCAGCCGAUGCCUUCGGUAACGAUCCGGCCCGCAGACGACGCCCAUCUCCCCACCGCCAACACUUGCAUCUCCAGACUGUACAUCCCCCUUUACAGCAGCCGCACCGUCCUGCGCCAGAAGCUGUUACUAGCCAUCAAGACCAAAAACUUCGGAUUCGUCUAGGUCAGAACGGCGAAGGCGAACGUUCCGUUACGUCGUUGUAUUCUUUUUUUUUGUUUCUUCUCCGUGUACAUUAGCACAACUAUCUAGACUCUUUUUGUGAUCCAAAAUAUGCUAAUACUAUCAGUCGUGAUCAGCAAGGGAAUGCUUCAUAUAAGUUCUUCGGUCGAGGGCAGUGAGAAAUUUGAGUUGAAUGAUGAAAUGGCUGGCAAAGCUAAGCGGGUGCAUGGAUAACUGAGGUUUUUUGAGAUUUUUGUAUGCGAUAUAGCUACAUAGAUUUAUUUCAGAAGCGGGAUGGAAAUGAAUUCUUUCUUGCGGAUUCUGUGCUGCUGCUUAGAAAUGGUGGGGUGUGAGUGAGAAAGGGGCAAAAUACAAGGUUCUAUUUAGUGCAGGACACAUUUUCUUUAGGUAAAAUAUGGAUAUUGGAUUCAGAUUCUUUUCCAAAGUAGGUUUCACUUGCGUAUUGACUCAUGUUAAUUUAACAGUUGACAGUUUUUAAUAUAACAUUAUUUGAUUGAUAUAUUUAUGAUGGAUUCAAAAAAACCGUUUUUUGAGAAUUUCCAUCCAAAUUGGUUAAUUCGAAUAAUCUAAUUACAUUUUAGUUAAGGCCCGCAUUUAUACUCGAUCGUCGAUGAGUGCCCGUUAGGUUUGAUCAACCCUUGGAUUUCAAAUGAUCCAUAGCAGAGAGCGCAGAUUAACAUCUGAAUUUUACAGUAGACUGUGACAAUUGUCAUGAUAGGUUUUCAAAAUUUCUGAAAUUUCCUACAUUUUCGAAUACUUGAAUAUUUUCAAGAUUUUGAAAAUCUUUGAAAUCCUCCAAAUGUUGACUUUCAAAGUCUAUGGUGACAACUGCGACAACCCACUGAGAAAUGCAAGUGUGGAAUCUACACUAAGGGCCGUAUCGUCAAUCGUUCCUACAGUUGUUGUAAGAGGGUUCCUUAAUUUUCCUAGUAUUUUCUCUCCUUCAGAAGGGAUUUUUUUAGAUUUCUGUUUCGCGUCAGCGCCCUCCUAUUGUGGGGUUAUUCUUUCUUUUUGAAUCUUGAGAAAUUUCAGGCUGCUAAAACAGAUGAUAGAAAUAGAAAUCAAGUUUCAUCAGCCUGAAAUAUCCUAGAAAUCAAAAAGAAAAUAUACCCUCAAAAUAUAGCACUUACACGAAACAGUAGAAAUCUGGAAUACCCCUGCCUCUCUAAAGGACAGGAAAGUCUAUGAAAAUCAAGGGACGUCCUUCACUUGUAGGAACGACCUACGAUACGGCCCUCAGGGUCGACUAUGAAUGAUGCAGGCCUAAGUUAGAACAUUGCAUUUCUUAAGCUUACUUAAGCUAUUUGGUUAAUUUGAAGUUGCUCAAAUAAGAGUUUUUAUUUUUUAACUUCGUGGAAUCAGAAUAGGGCAGGUUGAAAUGUGUUUGUUAUGGAAAUAUUGGAUAAGAAAUGUGGCUAUAUUGCAUUUUAAAGUCAGCUUGUUAUGGUGAGCUCAGGUGUCCGGUGCGUGCCUAAUUUUGGCAGUCAGUUAGGUUGUAGUAUUGUAAGGUUUCCUUCCUCUACCUAUAUGAAGUAACUGUAAUAGAAUGCUAUAUUUAUGCGAAAUGUGAUAUACUUAAUAUAAACAAUCCAUUUAAAAAUGGAUGCAAUCGCGAAUCGAAUUGUAGAGGAAGGAAAUCGAUCUUACAUAUAUGAAAAUUCUCUGUAUUUUAUAAUACAGUCUAAUAAAUAUCCCUGGGACUCUUAUUUCCGGGGGCACUAUUUCCAGAACAUUCUCUUGGUUUUAAAUAAUUUCCAUUAUGAGAUCUUAGACUUCUCCUGUUAAUUUAUAUUUAUGCAUGCUGUUAAAAAAAACUCAUUUUAUCAGCCUGUUCGAUCGUUAAAUUUUAGGUUAUUUUUUAAAUGACGGUAUUAGUUAUAUAUUUUUUAAGUUGUGUAUUGUUCUCUGGAACAAUGUUUUGUAUCUGGAAAUAGCUUGUGUAUCUUUACAGUCAUUAAAGGUUAUAUAGUAAAA